AAAUGAGCAUUUGUCAAUCGCUGAAUAUCCACAUCUUUCUCAACUUAAUCUUACUGAAGCUCAUGAUGAUUAUAUCGAAGAAUUUCUUGUUGAUACGAAAGCCUGUUUACCAAAUAAUCUAAAUAUUUCUGUUGAUUAUCAAGUACUGAAACGUGUGACACAACAUUUUACAAACAAUACAAUACGAAAUAAUUGUAAAAAACUGCGUAGCUUAGGUCUAAUAGGAAAAUGUCGAAUUCCUAAAUAUGUAAAAGAAUAUUUUUCUCAUACAAAAAUAUUAUGA